AGAUAACGGUAGUUUGACCUUCAAGUGCAAACGCACCUUGAUUGGCCUUGGAUUCCAAUGGAUCUAAGUCUCGAGAGGGAUUGUAUGAAAGGUUACCUUUAUAAGUGGACAAAUUACCUAAAGGGAUAUCAAAAAAGAUGGUUCGUAUUACAAAAUGGCUUGUUGUCGUAUUACAGGAAUCCAGCAGAGAUGGCUCAUACUUGUCGUGGAACUAUCAAACUUGCGGAUGCUACUGUCAAAAAAAUAGGAACGGUUUAUUUCGAAAUCUCAAAUAGCAGUGCACAAAAAUUUCAUAUAAAGGCCAACUCUGAGAGUGAGCAAUUAGCAUGGUUGUCAGCACUCUCUAAUUCUAAAACAGCAGCAGUGGCUUUACGGAAGCAAGGUUAUGAUUCAGAUGCGUAUGCUGAUGGAUAUGAAGAUGAUGAUGAUUAUAAGACAUCGUCUACGACUGAUGAGAAUGGAAUUAGGUUUAUUAACGAUGCGCUUGUGAAACUUGAAGCCCAUGUGACUGAUCUCGAACGUUAUCAGUUGACGAUGAAUCGAAAAGGUGAAGAACUUCGGCGUUCUGUCGGUGAUGUAGAAUCUGCUCGUGAUCCCACUGAACUAUUGCAACGUUUUAACUUGGCUCGUGAACAUGCCACAGUUUUCAAGGUUGCCAGUAUGGCAAUGGUUAAUUCUUGUUCUGAAUUUACGCAUUUUACUCGUGGACAGUUUGUACGAUGGCAGCGUAUAUUCAAUAAUCAAAAUGAACGUUGUGCUUUACUUGAACAAAUGAUUGAACAAUUAGCUAAACAGUUACGUCAGUUAGAAUGUUUAACAAGACAAAAUAAUCCACAAUCAACCGUAACACUUGGAUCAGGUGGCGGAACUGUCAGCUCGUCUCUUAACAUCAAGUCUGUUAGCCGACCUCUUGGCCAAGCAGUCCGUGUACAGCACUUACCACAUACUGAGGCGCGUCCUCAGGAAGAAAACGUCACCUCUUCAUUGGAUAUUGCUCAUGAUACUAUAACAUCUGAUGUUAGUAAGGAAAAUUCAAAUAUUUGUGCUGACAAGUCUUUGAAAGCCUCAGAAAAGCAUAUCAGCUCAUUAGAAUCUUCCGCUCAUCAUUUUCCUUACUCUAGGGAAUUUAUACAACAACAUUCCUCUCAGCAUAAUGAAGACACUUCUGAUGACGACUUUUAUGAUGCAGAGGAGGCUAAUUCUGAAUUUUCAAUAACUCUGCCUGAUCUUUCGCCGAAUGAAUCGAAAAAUAAUGGGAACAUAACCUCUAGAAAAACGUGCGGAAAUUUGGCUAGCAACAAAUCGAAUGAUAAUCAAACGGGCUUAAGCAAUUCUCAAGAUGAAGACUCUGUAAUACCUGCUGGUUCUGAUAUUGCUGACGAAUAUGAAUCUGAUGUGGGUUUCACUGACGAUGAAGCAGAUGAAUAUGCUGAUCAGAAUUCACAAUCGAAUCAAUUUGGAAAGCUACGUGAAGCACGUGUUAUACAGCCUCGUAGUAGGCGAUGUGGCAGUCGGCCUGGUACUUUAGUUCCAUCUGGUGACGGUCAAAUGACACAAGACAUACCUACAACUGAGGAAUCUAACAGUCGUGAUCAUUCUCAAGCUGUUUCAGAACCGGAUGUGAUUAAAAAACGUCUACCUAUUGUCAGAAGAAUUUCUAUACCUCCGAAACCUAAUAUAAGUCUGAAUUUAUGGAGCAUCAUGAAAAAUUGCAUUGGAAAAGAGUUGACAAAAAUCCCUAUGCCCGUCAAUUUCAGUGAACCUCUAUCAAUGCUUCAACGUUUAACAGAAGAUUUCGAGUAUUCCUCAUGCUUAGAUCAUGCAGCUGCUUGUCAAGACUCAUUGGAACAAAUGGCAUAUGUGGCUGCUUUCACUGUAUCCGCUUAUGCUACAACUGCAGUGCGUACAAAUAAACCGUUUAACCCUUUAUUGGGUGAAACAUAUGAAUGCGAUAGAACUGACGAUUUUGGCUGGAGAUCGUUUGCUGAGCAGGUCAGCCAUCAUCCACCAGCAUGUGCUUUACAUUGUGAAAGUAAUGCUUGGUAUUGUUGGUUCGAUUUUUCUAUGACAACUAAAUUCCGUGGUAAAUACUUACAGAUUAAUCCAGUUGGUACAUGCCAUUUAGUAUUUCGUCGAACAGGUCAUCAUUAUACAUGGCAUAAAAUCCCAUUGACUGUUCAUAAUAUCAUUGUUGGACGUUUAUGGAUUGAUAAUAGUGGCGAAAUGGAUAUUAUAAAUCAUAAUACAGGUGAAAAGUGUCAUCUCUCUUACAAACCGUAUUCAUAUUUUUCUAAUGACAAACCACGUCGGGUUACAGGUGCUGUACUUGACAAGUCUGGUGAUGUACGAUAUGUUUUAAAUGGUACAUGGGACGAUUCACUCGAGUAUGCACCUGUAGUGAGCACUAGACAUUCACGCAAUGGAAAACCAGUAUUGGAAACUGGACCUGCACGUGUUCUGUGGCAAAGUAAUCCUUUACCACCGGAUGCAGAACGAAUGUAUUGUUUCACGCGUUUAGCAUUGCAGCUGAACGAACCUGAGGAGGAUGUUUGCCCUACUGAUUCUCGUCUGCGUCCUGAUCAACGUCUUAUGGAAGCCGGUCGUUGGGACGAAGCUAACAGAGCGAAAGUAGAACUUGAAGAACUACAGCGCCAACGAAGACGUCAAAUGGCUGCCGAGUUAGCCGCACAGUCACUUGCUUCUAGCAAACAGGACGAAACUAGUAACACACACAGUAAAUCUGAUAGCUCCGUUUCUGAACAAUAUAACAGUCAAUCAAGCCCGUCUGUCAGUAACUUUCGUAAGUUCUCAAGCGUUAGUGAGUUUCUUGCUUUUUCAUAUAUCUAAUCUUCUUGUUUUUUUUAUUUUGAGUUUAGGCAUGUGAAUACCAUUUGUGUUGUUUUGCAUAAAUACCAUUAUCAUUUCCGUAUGUAUGUACUGAAUAAUUUCGUUUUUCACUACUCUUCGGAACACAAAACUUAAGGAUUCAAUAACGUUGUUUAUGUGAGAAAAAAAGUUUUAGAAGUAUUUAGAAUAUUUGAAAUAACUUAUCGUUAUUUAACAGUUUGUAACACAUCAAUGUUAUAACUUGUGUCCGAGUGGAUACCUUGCUAACGUAGAUGUGAUAAGACCGUUAAUCAGAGGGCAGCGAAUUAUCGAUUGGAACACUUACAUACGAAAACUAUACGAGCAAUCUAGAGUGCUUAUCGAUCCUGCUUCUGUCUGCCCCCAAAUGCCCUGGUACGGCCGACAGUGGGGAGAGUCUGCUCUCCCUCUCGAAAUGCUCUCAAAUGGCCACGCGAAUAUAUAGCCUCUGUCAUGGAAGUCCUACUCACUGCCUUCUCGUGGCGGGGGUGUUGUUCACAAAAGUGAGAGGACGAAAAGCGAAUGUCCGGCGCUUUAACCGGGUUGGUGGAUGUGGAGGAUCCACCUAGGGGAGUUGGAAAACCCUGAUUCCAAACCAAUGGUGCACAUGGGCUCCAGUAUCCUGAAGGAACAAAUGGCGUAUGAAUCAAUCGUUGGUCACCGGCUAGCAUAGGACUGCAUCUCCUCACGAUGCCCCACUGCCUUGUGGACUAGACCUUCAGGUCAAAGGCUCCGGGUGUGGCCCCCUAAGAAAACCACCUUUUUCAGUCUGGGCACCUGAGCAGUAUCACAGCCCUCACACAAAUCGAAUGAGAUUUGUGAGGCGCAUAUGUAUCUGGUGCUUCCUUGUACCAAUAUUUAUGUGUUUAAAUAAAAUAAAAUGCUUCUGUCUAGCCCAGCCAGUUAAGUUCAGAACACCAAUAACAGCCUCUACGGUAUGAAUCAUUGUAUUUCAAACAUACCAAGUUUAUAUAUCAAACAGACCGAUCACAUCGUAAAAUAGAAAAUAACAUUUGCUCAAAAUAUAGCCAAAUGUGGCUGUGAAUGUGGGAGGCAUCAAUUAAUAGACUAAGGAUAACUCAAGUAUGGUAAUGGUAGUCUAUAAGUCAAAAUAAAGCUUAUAAUAAGGGGGACACUAAUAUGAAUAGUUUCGUUAUUUAGCAAAUACACUAUAAAAAUUAUAUGCAUAAUAUUGGUCCAUAAAUGGGUCCCGAAGUUAUCAUUCACUAUUGUUAUCGGGACAUAACAAUCAAAUACACAAGUAGCAUGUUAUGGUGAUUUUUAAGUUGCUCAUUAGGUCUCUUUGUUGAAUAAGCAAUCACUUAUAUAACGUCUUCACUAAAUAUUUACAGGUUUAGAUAAGAGAUGUUUUUCUUAUUCCUCUAUACUCUGAUAUUUCGCUAAAUACUUAUAAUGCCCUGACCAUGUGUAUAUCCUAUCAGUUAGUAGUGUCCAAGCUGAGAAUUAACUCCUGUAAUAUAUUCCUUAUUUCGGGUUGCAGGUCCGAAUAUACACACAGCUAUUGUAGUGAACAGAACACCGGUUAGUGAAGAUCGAGUGUAUUUAGACACAAAUUGCAGACUAUCUCACUAAAUUCUGAUAACCACACAGCAAACAGUUAAUUUGCAAAAUAACAACCAAUUGUCUCAAUCUUCACUGUUCCUUCUGUAAAUAUCAGUUCAUCUUCUCUAAUUCCAUUGUUCAUGCAUUUCCCUAACAUUUGCGCUUCAUUUCAGUUCUUUCCUUAUCGGUCUUCUGCCAAGAUAUAUUCUAUGUCUGACCAUCGCCAUAUACUACUUAUAUAGAUAUAAUUAGACCACACUACACUAUGACUUAAGGUCGAGUAAACGAAUCUGUACUUGUCAAUUGAAUUCUAUUAUUAACAUAUCCUGCUUCGUGCAAUUAAUGUCAUGUUUACUAAUGAUUAUUCAUUAAUUAAAUUUUUCCAGUCGAUAUUGUUGAUAGCCAGCAUAAACCACUAUGGUUUACAAAAGAAUUCGAUCAAUUUACAAACAAAGAAACGUAUAUAUUUACUGGGAAAUACUGGGAGCACAAAUUAAUUCAUGAUUGGUCAUUGUGCCCGAAGAUCUACUAAUCUUCAUAAGUGCAGAGAAAAGGGAUAUACAUAUUCACCGAAUUAUUUUUAAUUUUCUUUUUCUUGCCAGUGAAUUACUAGACUAAUCGUGAUAGAUAUUAUUUGUUUCCGUGUUACAGACAUGGAGUUAUUCUUGUACUUCUACAACAGUUACAAUAUCUUGAGUAUUAUCAAUAUUCAAGAUUGGUAUGCACACAUUUAGAUUUGUAAUCUUUUUCCAAUAAUUCAAAGACAUUCUCAUCAGUGUCUGUAAUUUUCAAGAAGUUACCUUUUUUCAGAAAUACAUAUUUUUCUUGUGUUCUACUCUGAUUUCUGUGAAUGAUCAUGAAACGAAGUCGUAAAGCCUAGUCUAAUGCUUAUCAGUACUAACACUUUUCCAUCCACGUAUACUGUAUUAAUAACUAUUUAGUGUGACUGUAGUUCACUUUUCUCAUUUGACUCCAUCCAGUUGCAUCUGAUAGCUAUUUACUUCUACUUAUCAGCAAACAAAAUUAUUCAGUCGAAUCCAAACGUUACUCUAAUUUCUUACAUCAGGUAUACAAACUAAAUCCUGCUAUUUGAUUCAUGGUUGUUGUUUUUUCUCCAUAAAUGUUCUUGAUCAGUUAUUUGCUUUUGUGAAGAAAGAACAUUACAUCUGAUUAUAUUUAAUCGGCAUGUUCAUUCCUAUUUUUCCACCUGCUCCUUAUUUGUGUAGCAUAAAUUCCUCCUAGUGUUUACAGAAGACACUCAUUUUGUGAUUAAAAUCUUUCAGUUUGUUUAAUUUUCCCUAUAUUGAAUAUUAUGUUCUACUUGUUUCUCUCUAUGAUUCGAUUUAACUAGAGCUAAUGAACUUUGUGCAUUGACGUGAUCUUUCUCGCUGUAUUUCUCUUAUAAUGAACUUAGCUAUUUACAUAAUUCUUUUUCAAUUAAACAAAAAAAACAUUAUUCAGCAUUCAAAUUAAGAUAUAUGAUAAAUAAUGCUCAACUUUCUGUGAAAUUUCAUAUUUCAAUAUUGCGUACUAAUUGAGAGUUAAUAUCUAAUAUUGGAUUUAACUUGGAACUGCUAAUUUAACCAGGAAUUUUGAAAAUUCAUAAGAUUUGUUAUGACUGCGCACUGAUUGAUGUUGUGCAAUGCUAAAUUAAUCGGUAAUUAGUUAAUACUUCAUUAAAAAAGUACCAUUUACAUGUAUUUUAAUAAAAGGACAUUGACCAGCACUUGAGAUAAUUUACAAGAAAUAAAAAUAUGUUGAGACC